AUGACCCGUCUCUCCAUCGCCCUUGCCGCCCUCACGGCCCUCCUUUUCAGUAUCAUCGACACGGCAUCCGCCGGCAGACUCUCCAACUAUGGUGUAUGGAAGGGCACAGCAACUCUCUUAAGCGCAACCCCGGGUCAGACAGACAGGUCGACAGUCUACGCUUUCCUCAGCAUCUACGACGGCAUCUCCUAUCGUGCGGGCAACGACCCAGGCCCGCCACGUCCGCGCGACAUCGCCGCCGCCUUUGAUCUUAAAGCUCCCUUCCCCGAGGACGACCGUGUCGUCUACUGGAUCAACCGAAACUUCACACACCCGCUCGCCGAUGAUGGCUUCGAUCUUGUGAACCUCAAGCCCGGGUUUCACAACAUUUCUCUCAAUGUCUCCGAUUUUCUUAAAGCCCCACCCUCUCUGGACCUUUUUCGCGACAAGCUGGUCGAAGUUGAAGCCGCGCAGCUGGCAUCCUACGACGACCCCGACCUCGCAAUCACCGACGUCAUUGUUUCCUUUUUCGAGCCCGCCGUCGAGAACCUUGCAGAUGUAUGGGUGUGGGGCCAAAGAUCGGAGAACGGAAACGGGCUGGGCCUGCAUCACACGCACAUGAAUCAGGGUGGCCUGGGCCGGCUUUCCGCCGAGAAUGGCAUUCGCCAGGAUGGAGGUCUGAUUGUCAAGUAUUAUGAUCACUGGGAGGCGCUCUUUUUGGCAUUCCCUCAGCAGGCUGUCGCGACAGAUCAGAUGGGUCAGCCUUUGGGCGUCACUUUUGCAGAUCUUUUUCCUGUGGUAUGA